ACUCAACUCUGCCUUGCCAUUGGCUCCCUGCUUGACCUACAUUAAAAAAAAAAGCUGUCGAGGAGCGACGGGGCGAAAGGGAGGGGGUGUUGCCUUCCUUGGUUGCUGCCUUAGCAGGCAAUGCAGGGCAAGAUCGCGGCGGGGAAUGAGCGCCCCGUGAAGACGGCUGUUCCUGGCCCGCCCGGGGAGGCUGCGCGGGGGAAGCAGCAGGAGCAGCAUCGGCGUCCGCAGCCCGCUUCGAGGAUGCCGGACGAAGCCACGGAGAGCGCCCGCGUCUCCUCCUUCUUCAUCGCUAAUCUGCUGGGCGCCAAAGAAGACCCCAAGGCUUUGGAGGAGGACGAGGAGGAGGAGGACGAGCCCCGCGGAGGGGGCCGGGCGGGCGGGAGCGGGCACUGCGCCCUCGCCUGCUGCCAGUGCCAGGCCUCCCGCCUCGGGAUCGGGCUGCACCCCGCUUUCCCCAUCCCCGCCGCCGCCGCCGAUUGGUACCGGAGGGCGCAGGCGGCCUUCCUGGGAUGCGCCAGCCCCGACACCAGCGACCGAGAUUCGCCGGAGGUUUCCGACGAGGCGAUUCCGGAGGAGAAGAGGAAGCGGAGGCGGAGGAAGGCGGACUCCGGAGCCGGCGGAGCGGGGAAAGGGACGCCCGAGGAGGCGUCGGGCGUGGGGAGCAGCGUGGACGACGAGCCCCCAACGGAGGAGCCGGACUUGGCCUCUUCUUCUUCGUCCUCCUCCUCCUCGUCGUCUUCCUCCUCCUCCGCGUUGGCCUCGUCGGGGCGGAAGAAGAAGACGCGCACGGUCUUCUCCCGGAGCCAGGUCUUCCAGCUGGAGUCCACCUUCGACGUGAAGCGCUACCUGAGCAGCUCGGAGCGGGCCGGCCUGGCCGCCUCGCUCCACCUCACCGAGACCCAGGUCAAGAUCUGGUUCCAGAACCGGCGCAACAAAUGGAAGCGGCAGCUGGCGGCGGACCUGGAGGCCGCCAGCCUCCCGCACGCUUCGGCCGCUUCUUCCUCCGCCCAAAGGAUAGUCCGCGUCCCCAUCCUCUACCACGAGGGAGCCUUGGGCUGCUUCCCUUUGGCGCCGCCGCCGCCGCACCCGGGCUCUCCGCUCUCGGCAACCGGAGGAGGAGGAGCGGGACCUCCCUACCCCUUGGCCGCCGCCUUCUCGCCCGCUUUGCCCUUCCUCAGGCCGCCCGUCACGGGCCUGGUGUGAUCCUGGCCCUUGCAUCCCGGAUCGGAGGAGGAUUAAACCCGGCUUGUUUGCCUUCCGCCUCUCCGGCCAAACUUGGGUCUCUAGA